AUGCCUGAACGAAUUGAUCUUUUAAAACUUGAGAGACGGUUUGUGUUGUUUCGAAAAUCUGGACGGAGCAAUACGUUUCUAGACCUGUGUGCAAGCCCCGUGAUCUUUGGGUGUUAUGGCGCUUACAUUCCAAGGUAUUGAGACUGGAUUGCAUAAAUCGUCCUCCGGAGAAUUAACUCGAUAAUUCCUAAUCCCUUUAUGACAAUUUGAAACGGAAGUUCUUUAAAAUCCAUAAUAUGUCGGAAAUGAUAGGUCUUUGAAAGAAGCGUGCCAUGAGCCUAUAAUGGUCGGAGUCCAUUUUAUUUCAAACUCGAAAUAAUUCUUUAUCCUCUCAGCAUUUACAAGUUUUGAUGUAUUGCAGAUGUUUGUUCGUGAAUCACCGAGAAACAAAUUUUAAAGCUAAGAAUGCUCCGCAAACCGAGAGUAUGAAGUAAUUUUUUUUUGCAGCAGUUAUAUAGUUAUUUUAAAAGCUUGGUAUUGAAGGUAAUUUCCGUUUUUAUUUGAAUAAAACCGUAAUUGGCCCCUCAGGGGCGGAUCCGAGGAUGUUUUUAUCGGAAGGCCCGUCUAAAAUUAAGCUCACUGCCGAUACGAUGUUAAAGCAAAUUUCCGCGCCGGUAAACAUUAUUUCUAGUAAAUUAAUUUGCGGAAAUCCUUUCUCGGGAUCCUUAAGUGAUAGCAAUUUGAACGACAAAGCAAACAGUCGUGAAAUGACUUAACGUUUUCGCUGGUCUAAUGGACACAUUUGUAGGGAGGGGGUAGGACCCCCGAUUCAUCCACUCACUGUGACAUUCUGAGUAGGUGAUGAACCUCUUCGCUAAUAUCUUUAUACUGGCAAAUAAUCAAGAUUUCUUUACAAAUUAAGAUUGAGGGGGAAUAGAUAGAAGUUAAGCUUGAUCAUGAAGUGCUUUGUUUUCCGCCCUGUUUUUCUUUCCCCUCCAAUAAUGUUUUAACUGGAGUAACCUCAAACUAUUUCUUAAGGUCCUCAAAAUACAGAGCGAGCCAUUUAAUGAACGUAAGCCCCAUAUCCAACCCGAAAAGCUUCAGAUCGGAAACACGACCGAACUAUAUCGGAGUAGAUAUAAGGUUAUCGCGAAAUAUGGAGCUCGCGCGCUCGACGAUCGUUAUCAGUGAAAACACGGUGGCGUGGAUGCGUGCUAGGCGGUGAUGGCGUGUGACACUAGGGUGCAUGCUGCAUCACGAGAAGACAUCGAUGUUGACCGACUUAUUUGCUUAAAAGCGCGCAAGCUAAACGCUUCUCUGAUUGCAUUUGCAGCGGCAGGUUCAUUGGAAGCUGCUAAGCUCAGUUUGUUACUAAUAAAAGUCUUACCCACCUUUUACUUGCAGAAAUGA